AUGUUGGUCUCGACAGCGAAGGGCACCUCUGACGAGCGACGUCAAGCGGACCCCGUCAAGCAGCACGAGGGCUACACAGGCCUCAAAGCGCCGUUCGGCGUACAGGCAGUCGACGGAAGCAUUCAACACGACAAUGAGAUUGGAGAAGUGUCAGCUUUAUCGAGGAUCACCCUGUUCAACAUCGGCGACGUCUCUUCAGGCUUCGCUACAGGCGUGCGGGGCGGAGCAGCAGUGAUGUUUGGCGGAGAUUUUGGCUCGAGAAUUCAUGGGCGCUUCAACACAGGCCCAGAGGAACAGACGCGUCCGAACCCCGGUCCACGCCAGUCUACCGAGGCUCUACACGCCGCCAGGGGAAGGCCCUAUUCUUGGCUGCAGCAACACACAGCGGCUGAGGGUCUAGGCAGCCACAAGAGGGCACAACGACCAAAGCUGACAGGUGGACCCGCGCUGCUCCACAGUCAAAACGUGGCAGAGGCCAGCAGCGCACUGUCGGACGGAUCCCCUGCGACUAGGAAUGCCAAGAAGCUUGGAUCCACGACGCCCUCGCACUGCCCUCGCACUGCACUCGGAAGCUCCGAUCCCUGA